UGUGUCCGUCCGCAGGAGCUGGAGGCCAUCCCCAUGUUCAUGAAGAGCUGCCCGGCUCAGAUCGACGCGGCGCGGCAGCCCGAGCUCGCCUGCCUGCAGUCCAUGCUGUUCGACGAGGAGCAGAGCCCCGCAGAGCUGGCCAGGAUGUACAAGAACGAAGGGAACGAGUAUUUCAAGGAGAAGGACUACGGGAGAGCGGUGGCCGCCUACUCGGAGGGGCUGCGGAGGAGGUGCGGGGAUGCCGAGCUGGACGCGGUGCUGCUCACGAACCGGGGGGCCGCACAUUUCCACCUGGGUAACUACCGUUCUGCUCUCAAUGACGCCAUCCAAGCCAAAAAGCUGAAGCCCACCCAUCUCAAAGCCAUCAUAAGAGGAGCUCUCUGUCACAUGGAGCUAAAGAAUUUCUCAGAAGCAUUAGCAUGGUGUGAGGAAGGCUUGCAAAUAGACUCAAAGGAGAAAAAGCUCGUGGAAAUGAGAGCUAAAGCUGACAAAUUAAAGCGGAUUCAGGAGCGSGAUGCGAGGAAAGCGAAGGCGAUGGAGAGGAAGGAGCAGUGUCAAAAGGAAGUUUUGCUUGCAGCAAUAAAGGAAAGAAAUAUCAAGCUGGUUCUGGAGCCUUCAGAUGAAGAAGAGGACGUGUCAGACGGYCUGGCUGAGAUAUCCUUGGAUGGGUUCCACUCUAACAGUGCCACGGGGGCAAAGGUUCACUUGGAUGGUGAUGGCAACCUCAACUGGCCUGUCCUCUUCCUGUACCCUGAGCAUGAGCAGACUGAUUUCACUGUGGCUUUCCAUGAGAAUUCCAGGUUUAUUGAUCAUUUAAUGGUGAUGUUUGCUGAGUUACCUCCGUGGGAUUUAGAAAAAAAAUACCUUCCCAACAAUCUUGAGCUCUAUUUUGAAGAUGCAGAAAGAGAAGAAAUGUAUGAGGUGAACCCAGAACAUACAUUGCURCAAGUGCUGCAGCACGAAAGGUAUUUUGUAAAGGCCGGGACCCCGACAGUUUUGGUAUUUGCCAAGCGCUCUGCUUUCUCUAAGAAAUAUUUCUCUGGCAAGAAGGUGCAUCGACUGUAAUGAGUGAGAAUGAAACSAGGAAUCCUGUGCAGGAGGCUGCUGUUUGCUAGCCCAGCUCCAGGCUGCAAACUUCUGCUUGAACAAAAAUACUUUGCACUCUUCAGGGGAGGAAAACAAUCUUGGCACACGGGGAAACUUCCAGGGAAGCAGCAUAGGAGAGGGAAGGGCUAACAUGAGGGGAUUAUUUGUUUGAAAAGAAACCCAGCUGGCUUGCAGAAGGUCUCCUCUGUGAUAGGCUGCAUGUGGUUUUGAAAUGAACCUGAAGCAGUGCCAAACCCUGGCUGUGGUUGCAGUAACAGCAGCUGGGAAUGUUCCUCCUCACCUGAGCAGGAUCACAGAUUUCCUGGGAGGUGGGCUGUCGUUUCUGGGGUUUGACAGCAGUGGCCKGGGGCGAUGCCUGCCUGUUGCAGCRGGGUGGAUGCAGCCAGGUUCCUGCCUGGGACUCAGCAGCUGCUGUUUUGUCCCUGCUUGGCUCUGCUGCAGAGCUCUUUGUCUGGAGCRGUGUUUGACUGACCCUUUUGAUACUCGCUGAUUGUGCCACAGAGCCCGCAAUAAACGUGGCUGU